AUGCUCAGAAUCCUUCACAAAGUUUCUGGUGCUGCUCUCAGGCCCUUCUGAUGCAUUUACAUACUCUGCAAUUUGGUGGGCUGUAUCGUUUCCUUUCCUGCAGUGCGCCACCGGCGGGGAAACUGUUUUCAGGCCGCGGCCGCCGCCUCGCGUCGAUCAUCGAAGGAGUAUUCCAGCUCGGCGCAGUCGUUGUCCGAAAACACGCCGGAAUAUGAGAAGAGGAACUACGCCAAAAAUAUCUCCGAGUACAACACCGUCCUCAGCUCCAUCAUUGGGCAGAGAAGGUGCAGUCCACCUGCUCGACUAAUGUACUAUGUCAAGAGGGAUGACACCAAUGGGGUCUGAUCGUCUCUGUUUUGAGUAAUGAUUGUUCUAAAAGCUCGUUCUUAUGCUGUUUGUUCUGGGUAGGCAUUUCUUGCUGAGGGAUGUGUAUGACGACAUGCUGCUAGAUGGCGUUCAGCCCGUCCGGGACACCUUCCACAGUCUCAUUAUCGGGACCAUGAAAGGAAGCCGGCUCCAGGAUGCUUUCUUCUUCCGAGAUGAGAUGAAAGUCAUGGGUUUGCUCCCCGAUGUAUGUUACCUCUUUUUUCUUGUUUGGGAUUGCUUGGAUGUGGAUAAUUUUAAAUGGGGUGCCCGGAGUAAUUUGGCUUUCGGUAUCUCGUCCUAUAUAUUAGUACUUCUUUUAUAUCAAAAACCUAUAUGAUUAAUGGCCCUUUUGUAUUGGCUCUGUAGAAGCAAUGCGCAUAAAAAAUUGCAUUGCUUUCGCAAUAUAGUCUCAACUGAUGCUUGCCAUGCUUUCUGUAGGUUUCUCUGUACAAUUUCUUGAUUUCAACUUGUGGGAAAUGCAAGCAAUCUGAUGCAGCACUUACUGUAACCUCCCAAACUCAUCUAUAUCUCCAGCUUCAUUUCCUGUUCUUCAUUUUCAAUUUAUCUUUGAAGCUAUCUUUUUUCAUUCUUAUCUUCCAUGUUUCUCUUCGUUCACCAAUUCUGCAUGUUCUAUCAGCUGAUUAAUUGAUUGUUGGCUGAUGAAGCUUUUAGAAGAAAUGAAGGUAAAUGGGGUGAAACCAAAUGGUCAGACGUACAUUUCUCUCCUAAAUGCUUGUGCUGCAUCAGGUCGUACAGAUCGAGUGUAUGUUCUUUUGUUCCCUUAAAUCUCCUGUGGAUUUUAAAAUUAGUGAUGCAGUUAAAGUAGUUACCGUCCAUGUAAAUACUGUCAUUUUCAACAAUCAUAAAUUGUGCAACAAAAAUAGUAUGACUAUAAAUAUGUAAAGUUUGCUCCAUAAUGCAAAAGUCUGUAUAAUGCCCAGCAGUGAUAUUGAAUUAAAAUUUCGCCCUUUAUAAGGGGCCAUCCAAGAAAUAGUUCUGAUGCUAUGUUUAUGUCUUGCGUAUAGAUGGUACACAAGUAAGAAACCCUCGUUUGAAGAUAUCCUUGACAGCUGUCUGUUCCUUCAUCAUAAUUGGUUGGGUUUUGCCUAGACUUGCAGAGUAAGUAAUACUCUGGACCAUAAUACAUGAAACGAUCCUAUGAUGUUGGAACCUCUUUAUGUGUUCUUGCCCUAUUCCAUAUGCUUUAGUAUGCAUGAGAUUUUAUACAGAAGUUUCUCCAUAUCUGUGGAGUCACUGAUCUUCAAGUAAGUCCACCGUUUUCUCUUCGUUUGUGUGAUACCGGGAUAUGCUAUUAAUAAUGGUGGUAAUUUGAAGAUGCAUAGAAUUUAAUGGCCUCAUGUAACAACUUGAGAAAAUAUCAUUUACUUAUCCAUGUAAUAAGCAAUAAGCAGAGCCUAAAUGGUCAGUUUUUCAGUUUGUAGUUUUUUUAGUUCACGGGCAAGGAAAUGGAACUUUUGCCAUUUGGCUUGCCCGUGCCAGCAUAUUCUCUGUAGCCUUACUCUAAAUUGGUUGAAAAUCUUUGAGUCAGGUUGAAAAUUUAUAUUUGUCUUUCGUGAAAGAUGACGAAUUAAAAAGUUGUCAAAGAUAUUGAUAUAUCAUAGGGGAAAAAUAUAUAUUUAUCAACGUGGACUAUUUUCGACAUCCUAUGUCUUUGGUUGAUACUUCAACGACCUCUUUCCUCACAAUUAUUGAUCAUGGAUUGAUCCCAUGAGUUACUUGAAGAACCACAAAAUAUGCACCAGUUACCCUCCAUCUCCCAACAUAUUUGAAAAUUUCAUUCAUUCAUUCCUCUGGACAGGACAAUUGAAACAUUUGGGAGCAUAUCUACAGAAAAAUGUUUCAUGCUUUGUGAGCAUCAGAAUUAUUGUUCUGUCUGCAAAAGAGGUUGUUGAUUACAACCUCAAACUUUAAUUUUUCAACUUCAUGCCAAAUCUAGAAAUUAACUAGUUUAGCUGAAUUUAAUGUUCCUUUUUCUAUUUUGAGUCUCUAACUAAGGUACACGUUUUGCUUUUCCUUCUGAAUUCUCCAACAUAGAUUGUCUGAAAGCUGUGUCAGAUUUCAUGAUCUUAUUUGAGGCUUUCAAAUUUUUCUAGUGGUUGAAAAAAUCUUUAUCAGAUAGGCAAAUGAUCCCUUAUUUUUAUGCCGGCCACCUAAAUGGUGAAACAAGUGUUAAACUCUAAAGCUAGUUUUUCUUGUGAAGUCAUUUUCUUUUGUAAAAAAUUAAUGUAAUAGUGACUAUAUCAACAGCCUUCUAGCAGAAGCACUUAAAAAUCCAAUGGACGAGUGUUGACUUGUUUGGCAUGUGUCUAAUCUAGAGACGUGGUUGAUGUUUCCUCCAAAUAAUAUUCUAAAUAUAACUGUGACUACUUAUCUACAAGAGAGGAUAAUAUUCCUUGGAUAGUCCGUACCUAUUUCCUAUUUUUCUCUCUUUGAUUUUCUUUAGGUUAUUGUACUACAGAAGAGGCUUUCUGUAGCUCUCCCUAUUUUCUCUAUCCAUGGAACGUUAUGAGAGCCAUCAUAUUCCUCUCACUCUUUAUCUGCUGAAUUAGACUUUUUUGAGAAGUUGCAUACUCAUUUUUUGCUUCACAUCUGUAGUUUUGCUGUUUUCUUAGUUCUUAUCAUACGUUUAUGGCUUCUCUUCCAGCGUGGCCUUGCAUUCUUGGGCUUCCUCUUGUCACAUUUUCUUGUGCAAAGGAUUUCAGCAUCAUUGCUCCUUAUUGCCACCAUCACCAAAACCAUCGUUCUCUUUUGUUGCUGUUGUUCCUGCUGUUAUUCACCAAUACCAACUCCUAUCGGCCAUCAUCUUUCUUGCUGGCCAUAAUUGUCCGACUCAUCUACUAUUGACAUCUGCCUCAGUGCUGCCGUUUAGUGUCAAUUACUGUGACCUCAUCAGCUGCUGACCAUGCAGUUGUGUAGUAAGGGUUUACUGUAUGACCCGUUUUCUUUCAAGUUGGGGACAUGCAAUGGUUACUCUCGAAUCACAUUCACACAUGCUAUGAACUAAUCUACUAAAGCCUACUUUUUUUAUUGGUCUCCCCUUCUUUUGAUCAUGUUGUUGUCAAGAUCAUUGUCAAGGAGACGUGAUAUCAUACUAUCUUUCUCUUGGUCGUUUUAUGCAAACACUUUCUGUUUGCCAUCUUUGCAAGGCCAUUAAUCAGCGCAAAUAGUCUCCCUCUGCUUGGUUUGAGCGGUUUCAUGGUGUCAUUUUUGGAGUGGGUUUCUACGAGAGUGCUGGAGUACAUGGUAUUCAUUGAAAAUGUUGCUAUUGACAGUACGCCUUUAAAGUAUGUCUCUGUAUUAAUGUUGAUUAAGUUGAUGAUCUUACUGUUCAUCACUUCAGUAUAGGGUUUUGCACCUUUCCUAGCUCCUCAUUUAUCUGACAGAGCAAGAGGCGGGCUAUUGUCUCUUUUUUUGUAUUAAGGCCAAAUAUAUUGGUACGGCUGAUACUUCUAUGGGAUAGUCUACCUCUAUCAUCUUCUUUCAGUUCUAGGUGUGGUUUCGCUUUCUCCUCUUUUCUCUAGACAAUUAAAGUGCACUUCAUGUUCCCAGCACUGUUGUCUUCUUGGAGCACACCAAACCUAUAGAGAUUGAUUGUCACUUCAUAUGCUAACAAUGGUUGGUACUUGGUCCUUUAGUCAUAUUUCUUCUACUAAGCAGUUUUCUGACUUAGUCACAAAUGACUGUGGUUCAGAGAGCUCAUUAACUGACUCUUGAUCCAUGAUCUCGUGAGCUUGAGUGGAGUGAAAUGAGAGGCUCUCUCUAGUUAAAACUCUGAAUUAAAAAAUGGUGAUACCGCCCAUUUUAGCAUACAUAUAGACUAUGCUGAAAUUAUAAAGUUUGCCAUUUAAAGUGCAAAAAUAUGAUUGUCAAGGAUAUUACAUAAAAAAAUAUCUUAUGGCAAUGGGUGGUAGGAAUAGAAAAUAACAAGCAAUUAAUGAUUGAAGAACUAAUCUUUUCACCAAAAAAAGUUAUAUUUUUUAUAGUAUUUUAAAUGACCUGAAAUAACUUGCAUAAUCUACUUGCUUGUUGCUUGUUGCUGAGAUUUGCUCCUUCUGUGAAAAAGAGCUAAUCUUUACUUGCAUAUAUUCUUCAAUGUUUCAGGUAUGCAAUUGUUCGUGACAUGACGGCUGCUGGCCUUGGUCUUAACAAGUUCUGCUAUGCUGGACUUAUAAACGCACAUAGAAACAAGACUCCACUUUCAGAAGAUAUAAACACAAAGGUAUGUUGGAGUAUUCUGAUUAUUUAUUACUUUGUGGUUUUUCUCUCAUAUUUAGUUUUCUUACAUGAUUUUACAUGCUCAUUGCCAUGUAAAAGAUUAUUGAGCUCGUUAAGCAGUCAAAGGGAUGGUCUCCUGUUGAAGGUUACAGUGAUGUUGCAGAGAACGUGAUGAUGGGUGUUUCUGAGGAAGAACUGUACAACAUUCCUACUGCGGAUUUUGCCCACAGACGUGGAUUUCUGAAUACGCAGUUAACAGUCUAUCACGUAGCCUUCAAUACUUGUGCUGAUUUGCGGAGUAUGGAGGUAAUUAAUUUCAUUGAAUCUUCGGUUGUGUUUUGUCCCGGAUAAAAGGUUGAACCUUAAUGGCGUUGAUUUCUUUCUGCUCUCUUAGUUUGCUUCGAAAGUAAAUUGCUUGUACUCAGAUCUGUUUGGUUGGGAUAAUAAUGUUUUGAUAACUACAGUUAGCAGUUAUGAAAUUUAGUCCCCUACACAGCCAGUAUUUAUUGCUUGUCCUGGCCAAGAAAGAAGCUUCCUGUGUCAAUCUCGAGUACCAACUUAAGAGAAUACGCCAGUUUUUACAUUCACACUAAUCUGUCCCUCGGAGCUCCAUAAUGCAGCUGUCUAUGAUACCUUUGGCUGUCCGGCUCUUUUUUCUUUUAUUCUUCUACUUGUCAUAUAUCCACCGGACCUCUAUCAUGGAUCCUCAUUGAUCUGCAAAUGAAUAAGUUGGUGUCGGGCAUCCCCAUUAUUAUAAAGAGGCUGGACUUGACCUUUUCUCUCGGUUUAUAGUUUGAGUACAGAAACAACGGCUCAUGACUUAUUUGGAUAUCUGCUUUAUGCAUGUUAGCCUCAUUCUCUCUUUAUGAGAUUCGAGUUGCUUUAUUUUUGAGUUUUUGUUUCUUGUUCACAUUUGUUUUCUUAUUUUUGUCUCUGCUUUUACUUUUCUAGUUUGGGCUAGUUACCUUUAUUUUAUUUCUUUAUUCUAUUUUUUUGAAAUUCUGUGUCAUAAUGAUGAUCACAUUUCUAUUUUGUAUUUUCAAUUUUUUAUAUAGAUUAAGCUAUGUUAGCCUCAUUCUCUCUUUAUGUGAUUCAAUUUAUUUUUCUAGUUUGGUUUUUAUUAUUUCAGAAUAGCAUAGUUAAUAUGGGCACUUUAGCAGGAUGAAGUUUUCCACUUUGUUUUUUAUGGAAGGCGUGAUACUCUUGGAAAUCUAUUUCUUUAUUCUCUAUUAGUUCAUUAGUUGGUUGCAAAUAUUUCCUGUCAGAGGACUAGGGCUUUAGCCAUAGCUUAAUCACAUCUAAUAGUGUGACUAGCUGAAAUGGAUAAAUGAAUCUAGGAAUGCGUCCAUGGUAUUCGGAAUCCGUUGAUUCCUGUCCAAAUAUUCCUAUGAAUAUUAUUUAAAUUUCAUCCAGAUGCUAUAGAUGGUUAUCCUAAGCUCUUUAUCUCAGUCAUUGGCUGAUUAUGGAUCACGUAUGAAUCCUGGAGAAUAUGUUUUAGCUUAUGUGGACAUACUUUGAUUCGAGAUUUCCUUCGCAUCUAUGAAGGCAAAUGCUGCUCUUUAGUCUUCUAGUGAAGUGAUAUUUGAUUUAGAGAAAUGAUUGGAAACAUGCUAGGCAGAGGAAGAAAUUACUUGCUCGGAACUCAAAGCUCUGAGUGAGUCUUCAUGAUUGUCCAGAGUACGUUCUUCCGUAGGAUUUCCUUGUAGAAUGUGGGUCCCCUUCUGUGGACAUUACCCGUUAGCUUUGUCAGAUUGUAAAACAUUUAUGUGAGAAGCACAUCAAUUGAUGCUCUAAAUCUCUCAAAUUCAAUAGUAGCGUGACAGACAACUAUUUUAUGAACUGCAUGAACUGCAGUCUUGAAGGCCAUCCGAAUGGUUGAAACGCAUUUUCUGGAAUCAUAUUAUCGACGGUGUUAACUCAUAUGGGGCCUGGAAAUAUGAAAAAUUAAAUCAAACUAACAGCCAUUCCAGGUAGGGCAGAGAAUCAAAUUGCCAAUAUUGUCUCCAACCUGAAACUUUUAGCUGAGGCAGUUAAAUUACGAGUUUCAAUAUUUUCGUUGGAUUUUUUUUGGCGCGAGUAAACCUUUUUACAUACUAUCUGGGUAAAGCGUUGUGUUUUCACAUUGUGUGCCCUGGUUGAAUAAUCAUCGGUGCAUUGUCCUGCUUUCUGAUUAUUUGUUCAUCCAAUGUUUAGACAUUUGACAAGCUUCUGGAGAUUCUCAAGCAGGAUGGUCAUUCUCCUGAUACAUACAUUGUGAUACAAGCAAUAAGGUAAACAUUACCUCUCUUUAAUUCAAAGAAACAUGAACCUUGGAUCUUUGGGGUGGAGUAUGUAUUUUCGUCAACGUUUGCAUGGAGCAGGUGCUAUGUCCGCUCUGGAGACAUUGAUCGUGGUCUUCAGAUGCUGGAAGGCCACCUGAGCUCAAAGCCAGCAUCUGUGGAGUUGUAUGUGGUAAGCCUAUGUUCAACACACCUUGCCUGUUCUCCUGGUGUAAUUUUCCUGCAAAAUCGUAGUUCUUAGGCUGUGUUUAUAUAUUGUGGAGAUAGAAAAGUUUUUGCUCGCCAUUAGGAGAAGAUAUUCAUCGUGAAUAUGAAUUUUCAAGUACCAUUGAUUUUGGUACAUGUAAAGCAUAAUUCAUAGAGCCUUAGCUUUGACAUUGUUUUCAUUUUUGGAUUUGAAUUCUUGAUUUAAUUGAGAAUUGGUUGAUGUAGUCAGCUGUUUUAUUUAGUCACCAUCAAUCUGUGCAUAUACAGGCUAUUUCUAUUGCCUAAACAAUAUGUGAACUGGGAUACAUUAUUUGGGGGGAUAGGUCUCUGACAUGGUUCAGAGACGCGAGGAAGAGCUAAUCUCCUUGUUUUUGGUUUCUGCAGUCGUUGGCUGAGGCAGCCAUUGAGGGUUAUACUGUAAGAGGCAUGCAAGUUGCUCAAGAAACACUGGUAACUGCUCAUAACUUCAUGUUUCAUGUAUUUUCCCUUGUCUGUGUCGCUGAUUUGCGGAGAAAAACUUUUUUCCCAUUUCUGCAGGAGAAGAUGAAUGCCAGAGGGUUUUUCCUGAAUGCUAAGAUGGGCAAUGAUCUUCUCCUUGCUGCAUCAGGAGAAAAGGUGAAUGACAAAAAGAUUGUAAUUUUUAUAUGGACCAUCUUUCUCAUUUUUACAAAAAAGACUUGCUGGAUGCUAAAUGGCUUAAUAUUGGCGACAAAAAACAUCUUGAUAACUGGACAUGUAGAGAAAUCUUCCAGAAGUAAUCGUCUGAAGUAGAUGCUUCUAUUUCGUGGCCAACGUGUGCAUAUGUACAGUACGAGGGAGGCGGGAAAUCCAUUGGACGGUUCUAGUUUUGUCGCUCAGCAGGAAAAAACCACCUCUCAAUAUUAAAGUAUGAAACGAAUACUUAGUAUGAUGUUCCACAUUGAUAAGUUUAUGUGAUUUUUUUCUUAGCUGAAAAGUUUAUUUUCAAUGAAUGGAAGGUGCCAGUUAGAACAGGUUGACUAAACACAUCCAUAGUGCAUAGAAAAUUAGGAUCUUUUGUAGUUAUUAUAUUCCUUAAGUGUAUCAUGAUUAUGAAAUAGGCGGUAAUUUAUAUUGGAAACAUGUAUUUGUUUUUUUCCUUUUUAUUGUUCUAGAUCUUGUGAUGAAAUAAAGCUCAUUGUUAAUGCUAACUUUGCAUAGCGUCCGACGUUGAGAAAACGAGAAAAACAUUCUUUCAUUAGUUCCUCGCAUGGUUUCGUCUGGGUUUUGAAUAGAAAUUGUCUUCUGCGCUGAUAAUCUUACUGAGAUUGAAGGAAAGAAAAUUUCGCCGUUUUAUUGGUUUAUAGAUCCUCAAGGGAUUUAUAUGAUAUAAGCUCUUCUCUAACUGUCGUUGCUCGAUACACACUGUUUCAAUCACGACAUAAAAUUUCUCGGAUUGUUUCCAAGACAAUUCGAGCUGUCCAGUAUGUGGCUGUGUCUCUCUGAAUUCUUUAAUGACUUGAAUAGCCAGUCUGUUGAUUUUAAUGAAAUUGCCAUCCAACUUAUCACUUUGGUCACGAAAUUCAUGCUUAUCUGUAGACCGGUGGUUAUACAACUGCGAAUUACGUUUGGGAUUUGAUGCAAAGCCGCAAAGUUCCUGUUAACUUCGCUGCCUGCGAUGCCUAUUACAAUGGCUUGAAGGUGAGUGAUUAAUGCCUAUAUAUUCCGUAGUCUUCAAUCUUCAAAGCUUUUGCUGUCAUAUCCGGGAUUUGUCUUUAUGCUAAAGCAGCUUCGUAGAUGUGUCACCAUGAUAUUUUACUUCUACAGGUUGACUUUCGGAUAUCAAUAAAUUAUUAUUUUCCAAUUGGUCUAUGAUUUGUACUUAUUUCCCUAAUGUCAUAUAUACUUUUAAGGUAGCUUCCAUUUUUCCUCACAAACUAACUGAAUUAUGACUCAAGACUUUCUGUGCCUGUUUUUAUUUAAAAUUUCUUUUUAGGUCCCUCAAAACUCUAGUCUUAACUUUUAAUCCUGUCCUAUAUUAAUUUUAACUCCCGUCUAGCAGUCUCAUCCUUCCCCUGGGUUCUGCACAGCUCCUCCUUUUCGUCAUUUUAUGUUUUUAGUUUUGAUAGUUACUAUAACCGGAGGACACAAACCCAAGAGUCAAUCAUUCAGAUAUUUUGGGCUAUCGAAAGCCAAAUAGUUAUUCUUUUUAAAACUUGGAGAAUAUGUCUAUUUUUUAUAGACCUAUUGAGUACAAGCAAUAUUAUACAAUUCUGCGAAGAAUAGACUGAACCCUGUUAGACAUUCUUGGUUUCAAGAACUGCAUACUAACAUAGACAUGGAAAGAAAUACAUAAAAUGGGGGUGAUUUUCGCUCUUCCAUGCCCAUGAUUUAGCUGUAGGGGAAACGCCAGCGUCGUUUUUUAUCUCUUGUAUAUGUAUUCAUGUGGAAUUGGAAUACAAUUUAUGCAACAUACUUGAAUGAUGGCAUUUUGAUUGCCUAUAUUUUAUUAUUCUGCAUCUCAGGAUUGUUAUUAAACGAAAAAAAUCAUUUUAAAAAAUUGCUUCAUCGGUUGCACUUUAUUUCUUGUAUAAUUCUUCAUGUAGAAUGGCUUUGCAGUAGAUACAGCAGGCUGGGAUGAUUUAAGUAGUGUUUAUCAAUCAGAGCAAAGGUGUUCAUAUCGUCUCAUCUGUUGCAUCUCAUCAUUCCUAUAUAACUGUUAAUGUGGAAUUGGGUUGCAGUAUAUACAACCCAUCUGCUGGCCCCACGCAGUUGUUUCAUGUUUCAAAGGAUGGUUCUUGAUCUUUACCUCUUUUAAAUUCCAGGAGAGGGAUGUUCCUGGAGAUGACCCCCGACUGUUAUUGGUCAAACGCACAUGGGAGAAUUCGAGGGCCAGAUUUGCACCGAUUAGGGGGUGA